AUCCUUCGAUCCCCAAUAUUCCGGCUUCCACGUCACUGUUCACCGGAGUAACCCUCCGCCGGCGAUCAUCGUUGCCCCAUACGGUGACGUUUUGAAGCAAUCCGAUGGAAUGGAACAUGGGUGCGAUUGCGAUUGCCACGACGGGCCCCCACUUGUUGGCUUUUGCCCACGAGUUUUAAUCGUGGAAGCCACAACAAUUUUGGGCUCUGCAAGAAAUUUGAUCUUUCAGGAGCAGUCAAAUUUGGGGAUUUCAAUUUAACCGAGGUGAGGACGACCUCGACCACGACGCCUCACUGAGCUCUUUAUUCUUUUCACACAUGGCGAUUGUUUGUUUGGGGCUUUUAUUAGUGUCCUGAAUUCGGUAACGAGAACGGAGAGCGCUCGAGUUUUUCAUUCUAAUUCUACCCAUUUUUUGAAAUUAAAGAAAAAGGAAAAGUGAACUGUCGAGUCCUAGAGAAAAAGAAAGGAAAGCGAGUGCGAUGCCCACUGGCAGUUUCUUUCUUUUCCUCCAUUGACGAUAAAGUUUCGAGAAGGAGGGAUUUGUGAGCGAAAUCCAGAAGUGAGGGGAAAAUUUUUUAGUAACCCACAUCGUAAAAACUCUGUAAUCCCCACUGCAUACUGUUGAUUAUCCAAUCAUGCAUCCCGAUGAUCGGCAGGAGCAACCGUUGUUACCGGAAGAAGAAGAAGAAGAAACUGCUUAUGAUUUGAGGGAGAAGGUUGUGGUUAUUGGGAUCGACGAAUCGGAGGCCGAUUCGGGAGUGGGUGUCCCGCCGUUUUCAUGGAGGAAGCUCUGGCUGUUCACCGGGCCAGGGUUUUUGAUGAGCAUAGCGUUUCUGGACCCUGGGAAUUUGGAGUCCAAUCUUCAGGCGGGUGGGAUUGCUGGGUAUUCUCUGUUGUGGCUUCUGUUUUGGGCUACGGCCAUGGGGCUUCUGAUUCAGCUGCUCUCGGCCAGGCUUGGCGUCGCCACUGGCCGGCACUUGGCCGAGCUCUGUAGAGAAGAGUAUCCAACUUGGGCCAGAAUGGUGCUGUGGGUCAUGGCGGAAUUGGCCCUCAUUGGGGCUGAUAUACAGGAAGUUAUUGGGAGUGCCAUUGCCAUCAAGAUUCUAAGUAAUGGUGCUUUGCCUCUCUGGGCUGGAGUCAUCAUCACUGCUCUAGAUUGUUUUAUCUUCCUGUUCCUUGAGAAUUAUGGUGUGAGGAAAUUAGAGGCUGUUUUUGCUGUCCUUAUUGCCACAAUGGCUCUCUCUUUUGCUUGGAUGUUUGGGGAAACUAAGCCAAAUGGGAAGGAGCUUCUAUUGGGUAUUUUGAUUCCGAAACUUAGCUCCAAGACUAUAAAACAGGCUGUUGCUGUUGUUGGAUGUAUCAUUAUGCCUCAUAAUGUGUUUCUGCACUCUGCCCUUGUGCAGUCGCGAGAUGUUGAUCCGACCAAGCGAGGACGGGUUCGAGAAGCUCUCAGAUACUACUCCAUUGAGUCCACUCUAGCCCUUCUUGUCUCCUUCAUCAUCAACUUGUUUGUUACAACUGUGUUUGCUAAAGCUUUCUAUGGCACAGACAUAGCGAAGAGCAUCGGUCUCGUGAACGCAGGCGAAUACCUUCAAGAUAAAUAUGGUGGAGGACUUCUCCCCAUUUUGUACAUCUGGGCUAUUGGUUUGUUAGCUGCCGGCCAAAGUAGCACCAUUACUGGUACAUAUGCAGGACAGUUUAUCAUGGGGGGAUUCCUGAACUUGAAGUUGAAAAAAUGGCUAAGAGCUUUGAUUACUCGAAGCUUUGCAAUCGUGCCGACUAUGAUUGUUGCUCUAGCAUUUGAAACUUCCGACUCGAUGGUCGACGAAUUGAAUGAAUGGCUCAAUGUCCUCCAGUCAAUUCAGAUCCCUUUUGCUCUCAUUCCUCUUCUCUGUUUGGCUUCUAAGGAACGUCUAAUGGGCACUUUCAGAAUUGGCCCUGUUUUAAAGAUAUCCUCUUGGCUGGUGGCAGUCUUGGUGAUGGCCAUUAACGGGUAUCUUCUGGUGAGCUUCUUCUCAUCGGAAGUGAACGGAGCAUUCAUCGCCACUUUCAUGAUCGUCUUCAUUGCUGCGUACCUUGCCUUUGUUGUUUACCUCAUCUUUCAAAGUAUUUCGUUUUCAAGUUGGCAUGACUUCAUAAGCCGGAAGACUUGCACAGACACUGGGAACUGAGUGAUCAUCUCCUACCUUGACUUAUUUAGUAGACUACCGAUCGACCUUCGUCGAAUAACUGUCUCAUCAUCGACCAUCUGUUGAAAUGAAAUCAGAAAACUCUUCCCAGGAGUAACAUAUAUAUCAGUUAGUUGAAAGAUAUAGUUAUGAUUUGGAGAAAAGCUGUUAUGUGGUUAAUUUUGUAUGAUAACUGUUCAUUUUUCUGUUGUAUACAGUGAAAUGAAGAAAGAUUGUAGGCUGCAGCCUGAAACCUGGUAGCUGAUUUUAAGUUCUGUUGUUUUGAUAGUUUUCUAACUUUACCCAAUUUCCAAACUAGGUAAUAUUAAUGUUAUUUAAAUGUUCUGAA